GCCGUGUGGAUUCUUUGGUUAUGUUCCGAGGCUCCAUUUCUAUCAGACAGAAAGGGGGCGGGGAUGGGAUAUUCAGAUGAGCCGGAGUGACAGCUCCUGUUUCCCCCAAUGCUCUGUGUGUCUGAAACUCCACUGGCUCGUUCCCUCCUAACUCCUCACUUCAUAGUGCUGCGUACUAAAAACAUCGGACGCUAGGGGAUCAAGACGCAUGCCACAUUGCCUCUAUGUGGGCACUUUAACAGAUCUUUCGGGGGGUUUUUCCCAGUAAGGGGGCAGUGGAGGGAGGCCUUUUUUUAUUUUCACUCUCUGAUGACUGUUUGCACGGCUGAUUAUUGAGUUGAUUGUUUAUUAUUUUGGCCGCUGUUGUCCGCCGCCUUGUGCGUUUUUUUUCCUCCCCCUUUUUGGAUUCGGCGACCUAACGCGCGCUCACCAAUGUCCUAUCCUCAGGGUUACCUCUACCAGCCCCCGGGCUCUCUGGCGCUGUAUUCAUGUCCGGCUUACGGGGCCUCGGCUUUGGCCGCCCCGCGGAACGAAGACUUGGCGAGGUCGUCGUCUGGCUCAGCCUUCAGCCCAUAUCCCGGGUCAGCUGCUUUCUCCGCUUCGGCCGGUGCAGGCUUCUCCACUCCACUGUCAUACUCCACGGAUCCAACCACGGGAUUCCCAUCGUACAUGUCCUCUCCAUACGACGCGCACACCACAGGCAUGGCCGGGGCGUUGAGUUAUCCCCCUUACGGGAGCCCAGGAUACCCCUUCCAGCUCAACGACCCGGCUUACCGCAAAAAUGCCACCAGGGACGCCACGGCCACCUUGAAGGCCUGGCUGCAGGAGCACAGGAAAAACCCGUAUCCGACGAAAGGAGAAAAAAUCAUGCUGGCAAUUAUCACCAAGAUGACCCUGACGCAGGUCUCUACUUGGUUCGCAAACGCUCGGAGGAGGCUCAAGAAGGAGAAUAAGAUGACAUGGGCACCCCGGAAUAAGAGCGAAGACGAGGACGAAGAAGACGGGGACGGCGAGAGGAAAGAAGUGGAGCGCUCAGAAAAAACCCUGGAUAACAGCGAGGCUUCAGCGGAGGAUGAAGGCAUCAGCUUGCACGUAGACACCCUGACGGACCACUCCUGCUCGGCAGAGUCAGACGGGGAGAAGGUCAGCUGUGUGGGAGAGCUUGGCUCGGAACAAGCCGGCGACAAAUGCGAAGAGGACGGCGAGGACCCAAACCGCGACCAGCGGGCUCAGCUUUCACCUAAACCCGUCACGUCAUCGCCACUGACCGGAGUAGAAGCUCCAGUUCUCAGUCAUCACCAUCACCACCACCACCAC